UGUAAACAUCUCAAGAAUUUCGUUCAUUGUAUUCAUAGCAUUCGGGAAAAAGUUAAGUUUGGAAAAUUUUAUUUAUUAAAAGCAAAAUUUUAAGAAUUAACUAAAUACACAGCCAUUAAAUAUAAUCCAUUUUUCAAAAUGGAUUCAUCUUCCGAAAGUGAUUACUGUGUGGAUGAAUUUGUUAAGCCUGAUAAAAUACGGAAAUCUGUUAAUGAUGAUUCAGCUGAUUUGUUAGGAAAUUUCGACGAUGUCAAACGUCAAGAAAUCUUGGAUGGUACUUAUGAGGAUAAAGACCAAAGUGAUGAAGAAGAAUCAAUGUCAGAACAAGAGUCAGAUAGCGGUGAAGAUGAAGAGAAGGAUGAAAAAGAAGAUGACGAGGUUAAACAAGAUGAGGAAAUGAAGGAAUUACCUGAAACUGAAAAUGGUGACUUUGUAAAUAAAACUCCUAUUGGCAAAAAUGGUCUUACGAAAGCCCAGGUGGAACAGCUGCGGAAGGGUGCUUCGAAAACUAAUCGUUAUGUUUUAUAUGUCACCAAUUUGUGUUUUGAAACCACAAGGGGAGACUUGGAAGAUUACUUCGGUAGCAAAGGUUCUGUGAAAUCGGUACGUAUACCCAAAAAAUGUAGAGGAGGUUUCGCUUUUGUCGAAAUGAGCGAUUUGGAAAGUUUUCAAAGAGGUUUCGAAUUGCAUGAUACUGAACUCCAAGGUCGUCGUAUAAAGGUGCAAUUUUCCGAGGGAGGAAAAAAGAAAUCAGCCAAUAAGAAAAAUAUAAUGAGACAAAAAAAUCGUAAAUUAGCUAAAAUGCGUAAUGAACACAAAACCUUUACAAAGAGUGGUAAAUUCUACGAUAAAAAUAUUAAGAAAGAAAUUGCCCAUGUUGUGGAGGCCAGUAAAAGAUGGCGCAAGAAACCCGGCCCAGGUGGUGGUGCACCAAGACAAAAAUAAAGUUGUUUACAAAAUAUUUUUUAACUUAAAAACAAA